GUACUCUCCACAGUGACCUCAUGCUGUGAGGAGGAGGAGCCGCGGCCGUCUCCUACCUUUGGUCCAUCAAGGGAUUCAUGUGGAGAUAAGCCGUAAGAAAACUUUUUCGACUGGGAUAUUGAUGACAUUUACCAGGGGGCAGAGUGAUCAGGUCCAGCAGUCACACCAGGUCCAGCAGUCACACCAGGUCCAGCAGUCACACCAGGUCCAGCAGUCACACCAGGUCCAGCAGUCACACCAGGUCCAGCAGUCACACCAGGUCCAGCAGUCACACCAUGUUCAAGGCAGUGCUGAAGAAGAACAGAGACGGAGGGAAGGGCAGCAGGAAGGAGACAGCUGGGGAACCCCACACUCACAGUGCCCAGAAGAGGUGCCCUCCUGAGGGUCCUGGCCCGCAGCCUGGCCCUGCCCAGCCCUACAGCCAGGAGGAUGUGUUCAGGCUGAGCAUGUGCAAGGGCGUGUCCAUGUCGCUGCCCUCUUCGCCCCUGCUGCCCAGACAGUCCUACAUGAUGCCGCUACGCUCCAGCAAGAGAUCUCCAGGUCCAAUCAGGAAGCCCAAAUAUGUUGAGAGUCCUCGUGUUCCCAGCGAUGCCAUCGUCUCAGCGCUGAGGAAGGUGUCCGACAACAAGGAAUUCUCCCACAAUGAGCUGCUCCUCGCCGACAGCCAGCCAAGCUCCUCCCCCGCCACUCAGGAGCUGAUGACACGGCUGGGCUUCUUACUAGGAGAAGGGAUCCCUGGCUCAGCGCGCAUACCUAUGGAGGACAAGAAUGAAAAGAAGAGCUCUGUAACUAGCCAGGGCAUCAGUCCCUGCUCCACCCUGACCAGCAGCACGACCUCCCCCUGUACAGACAGCCCCUGCUCCACCCUGAACAGCAGCGCCGGCCGGCCGCCCCCAGGACGCUCCAGCCCCAGUGGCACCAUCACCAGCCCCUGCUCCACCCUCGAGAGCAAGGACAGCGGGAUCAUAGCCACCAUCACCAGCUCCUCAGAGAAUGACGACCGUAGUGGCUCCAGCCUGGAGUGGAGUAAGGAGGGCAGUGUGAGGGGCGGGAGCCACCAUGCCCCGGCCCCCAGCGUGCGGCCAGAGACCUGCUCCCCUGUGGCGGAGGAGGAGCCUGGCAGCAGCGAGGCCCCCUCCAGGGGAGAGACACCCAGCACAGGGGCCUCUGCGGCCCCCAGACCCCCAGCACCACCGCCCCCCAGACCCCCAGCACAAGGCCCUGUUCCGUACCCUGCCCACACCACCUCCUCGCUCUUGAUGCCUCGGCCCAACUCGGUGGCAGCCACCAGCUCCACCAAGCUGGAGGACCUGGGCUAUCUGGAUGAGCAGCGGAACACUCCCCUAAGAACGUCCAUCCGCCUGCCCUGGCACAACACAGGAGGGCGCCCUCCUCAGGACGCCAAAGCUCGCCUGACUCCCUACAAGCCUGCUGACAUCAUGCUGAAGCCUCUGCUCUUCGAGGUCCCGAGCAUCACCACCGACUCCGUGUUUGUGGGCCGUGAUUGGCUCUUCCAGCAGCUGGAGGACGUCCUGAAGGCCAACGAAUCGGGCGAGAAGCGUGGCGCUGUCGUCGUGGGCAACGUGGGCUUCGGUAAAACGGCGGUGAUCUCCCGCCUGGUGGCGCUCAGUUGUCAUGGCGGCCGGAUGCGGCAGAUUGCCUCCAACAGUCCCAGCUCCUCACCUAAGAACGGGGACUCCCACAGCGCCCCGCCCCUGAGCCAGCCCCCCCAGCCCACGCCGCCCCCCAGCGCCACCAACACCCUGAGGAGCAGCAGCUGUCCCAGCACCCCCGAGAUCCAGAGACGCAAGGAGGAGGCCGUCAAACGCCUCGCCGCUAAGGUGGUGGCGUAUCACUACUGCCAGGCGGACAACACCUACACCUGCCUGGUUCCUGAGUUUGUGCACAGUGUCGCCGCCCUGCUGGCCAGAUCACACCAGCUGGCCGCGUACCGAGAGCUGCUGCUCAGAGAGCCGCAGCUUCAGAGCAUGCUCAGUCUGCGCUCCUGCGUCCAGGACCCCAUGGCGGCGUUCCGCAGGGGCGUGCUGGAGCCCCUCGCCAACCUCCGCAAAGAGAAGAAGAUUCCCGAGGAGGACCACAUCAUCUUGAUUGACGGGCUGAACGAGGCAGAGUUCCACAAGCCGGACUACGGCGACACCAUCGCCUCCUUCAUCACCAAGAUCAUCUCCCAGUUUCCGUCCUGGCUCAAGCUGGUGGUCACUGUGAGGGUCAACCUGCUGGAUAUCACCAGCCUGCUGCCCUUCUCCCAGAUCUCCCUGGAUGACUACCCCGACAACAAGGACAUCGCCAGCGACCUGAACGCCUACAUCCAGUACCGUAUCAACAGCAGCAGGGACAUCAUGAACAACAUCUCCCUCAACGGCAAGGCCGACCCCGCCGUCGUGGCCAAGGUCAGCAGUCACCUCAUGGCCCUGAGCCAGGGCUCCUACCUGUACCUCAAGCUGACCCUUGACCUCUUCGAGAGGGGUCACCUGGUCAUCAAGAGCGCCAGCUACAAGGUGGUGCCGGUGUCGCUGGCCGAGCUGUACCAGCUGCAGUGCAACAUGAAGUUCAUGAGCAACUCUGCGUUCGAGCGCUGCCAGCCCGUGCUGAACGUGGCGCUGGCGUCGCUGCACCCCAUGACAGACGAACAGCUGUUCCACGCCAUGAACGCGGGCAGCGUGCGCGGCGAGCUGCGCUGGGACGACUUCCUGCAGCGCAUGGACAUCCUGUCCUGCUUCCUGGUGAAGAGGAGAGACAAGACCCGCAUGUUCUGCCACCCCUCCUUCAGGGAGUGGCUGGUGUGGAGGGCGGACGGAGAGAGCAGCGACUUCCUGUGCGACCCCAGGAGUGGCCACGCCCUCUUGGCCUUCAUGCUCUCCAGACAGGACGGGAAGCUGAACCGGCAGCAGACCGUGGAGCUGGGACACCACAUCCUCAAAGCUCACAUAUUCAAGGGUCUCAGUAAGAAGACGGGUGUGUCGUCCAGUGUGCUGCAGGCUGUCUGGAUCAGCUGCAGUGCUGACGGCCUGUCAGCUGCUCUGGCCUCUCUGAGGAACCUGUACACCCCCAACGUCAAGGUGAGCCGGCUGCUGAUGCUAGGCGGGGCCAACGUCAACUACCGCACGGAGGUUCUGAACAACGCCCCGGUGCUGUGCGUCCAGGCCCAUCUGGGCCACCUGGAGAUGGCGGCACUGCUGCUGGAGCACGCCGCCUCCGUGGACGUGGUGUCUGAGAACGGCAUGAGCCCGCUCGGCUUCGCAUCCGCGGCCGGACACCUGGCUCUCGUCAGCCUGCUCUGCAAGAGGGGCGCCAAGGUGGACCAUGUGGAUAAGAGUGGUCAGUGUUCCCUGGUGCAUGCGGCCCUGAGGGGUCACCCAGAGGUCAUCCAGCACCUGCUGGAGCUGCAGUGGAGCCCUGAUGGCCAGCAUCAGAACUGCAGCCUGAAGAGCCAGGCCCUUCAGCAGGCUCUCACGGCUGCCUCCAGCAUGGGGCAUACGCAGGUUGUGAAAGGCUUGCUGGUGUUGAAUAAUAGCCAUGCUGUGCAAAUUGACGGCCAUGACACCCUGUGGGGAGAGACAGCUCUGACGGCGGCGGCCGGCCGCGGGAAGAUGGAUGUGUGUGGCUUCCUGCUGGAGCAGGGCGCUGUGGUGCAGCAGGUCAACCGCAGGGGCGUGUCUCCACUCUUCUGCGCUGUCCGGCAGGGCCACUGGCAGAUUGCUGAGCUGCUGUUGCAGCACGGUGCUGAUGUGAACGUCAGUGACAAGCAGGGCAGGACCCUCCUCAUGGUGGCUGCCUGUGAAGGGCACCUGAGCACCGUGGACUUCCUGUUGUCCAAAGGUGCCUCGUUGACGUCGAUGGAUAAGGAGGGUCUCACGCCUCUCAGCUGGGCGUGUCUGAAGGGCCAGAAGAGCGUGGUGGCCUUCCUGGUGGAGAAGGGGGCGGAGGUCGACCACACGGACAAGAACGGGCGCACGCCGCUCGACCUGGCGGCCUUCUACGGAGACGCAGACAUUGUACACUACCUGGUGGAGAGAGGGGCAGUGAUUGAGCAUGUGGACCACAGUGGGAUGCGUCCCUUGGACCGAGCCAUCGGCUGCAGGAACACGUCGGUGGUUGUGACGCUGCUGAAGAAGGGAGCCAAGCUGGGCUACAGAACAUCACCUUAUGAUCGAUCAGGAAAUGCAGCCUGGGCGAUGGCUACCUCCAAGCCUGACAUCCUCAUCAUCCUGCUGCAGAAACUGAUGGAGGAGGGAAACCUACUGUACAAGAAGGGGAGGAUGAAGGAGGCAGCUCAGAGGUACCAGUAUGCCCUGAGGAAGUUUCCCAGGGAGGGCUUUGGAGACGAGCUGAAGGCCUUUAAAGAGCUGCGUGUGUCUCUCUACCUCAACUUGUCCCGCUGCCGCCGGAAGACUAACGACUUUGGCAUGGCGGAGGAGUUUGCUACCAAGGCUCUGGAGCUGAAGCCCAAGUCCUACGAGGCGUAUUACGCCCGGGCCCGGGCCAAGAGGAGCAGCAGGCAGUUCACUGCAGCCCUGGCAGACCUCCAUGAAGCAGCCAAGCUGUGUCCCAACAACCGGGAGAUCCGUCGUCUCCUGGCGCGUGUGGAGGAGGAGUGUAAACAGAUGCAGCGCUCCCAGAGCAAGCCCCAGGGGCCGGCCCCCUGCCAGGCCCCGCCCAGCCACGACCCGGACCAGGAGGAGGGGGCGUCGGAGGGGGCCUGCCGCCCAGAGCACAGGUGUCUGGAGGUCCGGAGGGACGUGGAGGAAGAGGAGGAGGAAGAGGAGGAGGAUGAGGAGGAGGAUGAGGAGGAGGUGGAGUCAUCGCAGCACGGCAGGAGAUCUGAAGCCUGGUCCCAGAACGUCUACUCCCUCAGCUUGUCCCAGCAGAACCAGAGCACCAGGCCCCCCCUCCACCACCCCCGGGAGCCCCUGGCCCCCCAGGGCCUGGUGCUGCAGCCCUCCAAGCAGGCCCAGAUCGUCAAGACCAACCAGCACAUGAGCUCCCUGCAGGCUGGGGGGCGGGCGGCCGCGGGGGGCCGGGCGGGCGGGGGGCCCAGGUCCCAGUCCCUCUACGGCCCCUCCAGCCCCCUGCCCAGCAGACACGUGUCCUGCAAGCUGAAGCCCAGGCCUCUACCUCCUCCUGCUGAGGAACCUGUGUACGAGCGAUCUGCGGUCGUCCACGGCGACGGUGAGAGCCUGCACUCCUCCCAGUCCCAGGCCUCCUUCUCCUCCUGCAGCUCCAGGGGCCAGGAGAGGCUGUCGGCCCACUCCGUGUCCUCCCUGGAUGGGCUGGCCCUGGGGCCCCACUACCAGCACCCUGGCCCUGAGCUGAGGCAGGAUCCUGGGGGGGCAGCAGGCAGCAUCAGGGUGUCCAGCUCCACCAGCAGCCUGGCUUCCAGCAGCAGUCUGUCAGACAGCGGGAAGCUCCAGGGGCCUGACGUACGCACCAAGAUCCCCUCAGACAAGACCAAGAACGGCCAGCAGGGCGGCGCCAACACCAACACGUCUGAGUACAAACCCAGACCCUUCAUGGGCAUCAUGGACAAGACGGCACGCUUUGUACAGCAGCAACAGCAACAGCAGCAGCAGCAACAGCAGCAGCAACAACAACAACAGAUCCAGCACCACCAGGGGCUCCAGCACCACCAGGGGCUCCAGUCGGCCGGGCGAAGCUGGCACAGCCACUCCUCUGAGGGGCUGGUGGGCCACACCAUGUCCUCCCUGGUCCUGCCACCACCCAGCUGUGACCUGGCCUUCCAGGAGCAGCAGCCAGCCCAGGGGACCGGGGGCCUAGGGGCCCUCCAGAACGGCAUGCACACCAAGGAGUACGCAGACAAGUUCUGCCACGGCCCGUCCUCCUGUUACAAGGAGUCCAAGCCUGUCCUGGGCUCCCUGUCUCAUCCCUACCUGGACAGCAAGGCCAAGCAGCCCGGCCUGCUGAGAGACAACCCUGCCCUCCACGCAGCCGCCAUGAAACCAAAGCGAUCCUUUAUAGAGUCUAACGUGUAGAAAGGUGUAUACUGUCUCUCUCUCACACACACACACACACACAGACUCACAUACAACACACACACAGAUGAUAGCAGAAAUGUUCAAAGCAAAAGGAAACUGUUUCAUGUUUUUACCAGCCCAUCCAAAAAGAAAAUGGUUUUCUGACGGUUUCCUUUGUGACUGCGGUCAACGCACAGCGUGUUGAUUGGUUCUGGUGUCUCUAGUGUCGCUUGUGCUGAUUGGUCCACAUGUCGCCUUCCUCGGUAUACAGCUGCGGUACCAGGACCUCUCCCGUUCAGCCAGAGUCGUUACCCAAGGAUGCUUAUUGGAUGUUUAAACCGCAACAUACCGUGAGACAGAAAGCACUUUAUACCACACAUUUACACAGACCUACUCUCUUUUACAGGUUCAUGUCAUUACUGGGUUAAGUGUGGGACAACAGUGUGGACUAUGUUGGUUCUGUCUUUGGUACUGAUGGUAGAGGAAGUGUGGGGCCCGGAGAGGAGGGGGAAGGGGCCCGGAGAGG